GUCUCUCUACAGAUUUUCUAGUCUUCCUGAGUUCAAGAAAAGUCAUUAAUGUGCAGCUUGUCAAGUUGUUAUCUUAUUUGUCUGAAAGCAAUGCUAUUUCCAGCUCUCUGCAUCUCUGAGCUGAAACUGGAAGUCCAUUUGCAGUUUUGAUAUUUGCCAACUGCACAUUUGUUAAAAUUAUCUUGAUGCAUAUUCUUUAUUUCUCAAUGCAUAUAUUUUCAUUUUUUUGGUUGGUAUUUCUUGUUCAAGAUUAUGAAAAUUGAAACAUUUGCAUAAACAUGUAUAAUACUACCUCCUGUCCUCUCUUCUUAAGUUGUUGUUGUGAGCUGAGUGGAAAGCAGAUCUUUGCUCAUAGUUUUCUCCUGUCCUCCCCUUUGUCAUCAAUGACAGCACCAGGACAUCAGAUUAAAAACUUCCCAAAACUUUGCUCAUGGCUCAUCACCAGAAGGUCAGCAACUCCCAACUGGGUCAGGCUGGAUCUUGGGACUCUCCUUAUCAACAGAACAGCAUGCAGAAAUUCUUGAAUGGGAAGCCCAAGAUUUUGGGGGUUGCCCAGAUCCUAAUUGGUCUCAUGAAAAUGUGUCUAUGGGCAAUGUGGAAGACUGCAUUUCAUCACAUUUAUGAAGACAACAUCAUAAGCCCCCGUGCACAUCUUUCUUUCUAUCCUAUAUGGGGACCCUUAUGUAUUCGAGGAAGCCUGGCUAUGAAUAUAAUCAGUGCCAUAACAUCAGGAGUGGGGUUGGCCUUACUAACAGUGGAUGUGACUGAUAGCACUUGGUACAUGAGAUAUUUUAAGGCUUCAGGUGGAAUAAGUUCAUUUGAAUAUGAAAAUGCAACUCUUGGGCAAGUAUUUUUGAUUGCCAUCCUGAUCCUCUCCCUGCUGGAAGUAUGCAUUACUUUGACUCUCUCUGCUUUUGGAUGCAUGGUGGCUUGCUUCGUCACCCAGGUUGUGGUUCACCUGGCACCUGCUGACAACAUGCAGUCAGAAGUCACACCUGAACACGAGUAUGAGGAAUUGACCUAUCCAUACGUCUAAGUCGUUUAAGUUCUUCCCAUUUGUUGAGUUACUACAGCCCUUACUUUAGGGCCUUUUUUAUACUACACCACUGCAGCUCCAACUGAGAGCCCUCUGGUUAUGUUUUUUGGAACACAGAUACUGGA